CGUAGCCAUAAAGCCACUCCAUUUUCUUGCGGGGAUAGCUUCAGCUUCACAGGCAGCACCAUUUUAAGAAGUCGCUUCGUCAGAGUCGCUUCUCGGCGUUUUCUUGUCGUUGUAGAAAGGGAAUCAGAAGACAAAUACCACUCGUCUCUUAGUUUUCCGCACCGUUUGGUGGUGAGGAGUUUUUUUUUUGGUCUUGGACCUAAAGGGACAAAUAACAUCCUCUCGGCCUGGUGGUGUUGGAACAAGCAAGCUCCCGAAGCUAACUUUAGCUAACUGCCUCUUCUCGACCAAUGCAACGUUCUUUGAGUUUUCAACCGAAUUCAGUCAAAAUGAGCGCUGCAUCUUCUCAAAAAGUUGUCCUGAAGAGCACCACCAAAGUGUCCCUGAACGAGCGCUUCACUAACAUGCUGAAGAACAAGCAGCCCACAGCGGUUAGCAUUCGAGCCACCAUGCAACAGCAGCAUAUGGCCAGUGCGCGCAAUCGACGGCUGGCCCAGCAGAUGGAGAAUCGGCCCUCGGUGCAAGCUGCUUUGAGUCACAAACAGAGCCUGAAGCAACGACUGGGGAAGAGCAACAUCCAAGCCAGGUUGGGGCGGCCCGUCGGCAUGGGAAUGCGCGGAGGUGCCGUCGGCGUUAGAGGAGCAAUGCGUGGGAUGACCAGAGGACUUCGCGGAAGAGGCAGAGGAGGAAUGAUGAGAGGCGCGCUUUCCCUGAGAGGAAAGCGAAUGGCUCCUGGUUUCCCCAUGCGAGGCCGGGGCUUCGCCGGCCGCGUGGCCAUGCGGCGAGGGGGCCGGCAGCGUGCGGGGAUUCCUGGCCGAGGGGGAGCUAUGGGGAGAGGAGCGCCCCGUGGAGGGAUAGCCAGAGGUCGCGGCGGUCUUCGUGGGCGUGGCGGCGGUUACGCCAGCAGACGCGGCCGCGGCAGAGGUGUCGGCCGACCGUCGGUGACCCGCGAGCAACUGGACAACCAGCUGGAUGCUUACAUGUCAAAGACCAAAGGUCACUUAGAUGCUGAACUGGAUGCCUACAUGGCCCAGGCUGACCCAGAUAGUAUGGAGUGACACUGGACUCGAGUUACUGCAAGAACUUUACAGCUCCUUUAACACAUACUGUGUAGUGUCGAUGACUUGUUCUCAGAAAAUGGGUUUGAUGAGAGCGCCGCUGCCGUAAACGGUCCGGGCGGGACUCUCCGGCCGAGCAGAAAAUUGCUAACGCUGAAUGUGCUUUCAUCCACAUGCUAUUUUUACAGCUGUUGCUAUGAAACCCAUUUUAAUUCGACUCAACAAUAUGAAAGGACUUUUAUAAAAUUUGAAGAACCCAGUUGUUUUACCAUUUCCUUUUAAUACCAGGGUCUGUACGUGUGUUAACCUGUUUUGUCAUUGUUUGGGUCACAUAUUGACUUUGUUUCUGGCAUUGCAAAUGUUUCUUUCCACCAAGUCUUCCAAGGCGUGUUUGUUGGCGCUGGUGCAUAAAUUAGUACGUCAAAAGAAAGCCUAAACCGAGCAGUUUGUAAGAAGCCAUGGGUGAAUGGUCCUGGGAAGGUGGAGACUUUUUGGCCUGUCACCAUUUCUGCAGCAAGUAGGCAUUAACUCAGCUGCAUUUCAAAACGACUCAUUUUACAUAGUGAAAAUAAAAACAAAAAGCUUACCUUUUA